UUUUCCAAUCUUCGUCCCGCCAAUUCCCAAUCUUUGAUAGAAGUAGGAACCCCAGGCACGCAGGCAGGAGAAGGAAUUCCUUGGUUCUUCAAUCUUGAGCCCAAAGACGACGCAAAACAACGAAAACGGAAGAAUGCAGAUUCGAGUGAAGUGCAACUGCGGUGAAGGGAAUUGCCCCGAAUGGGCAAUCUUAGAGUUGCAAGGCGCAGUAGAAGCUCAACCUUCCUUCCAAGGCCGCCUCCAAAACCUCCAAAUCGGCAUCCUCUGCCGCCCUUCUUCUCAGGAGGUGUAUACUUUUACGGUUGGGUAUCAUGAAUUGACGGGAUCGAAAGUCUCGUUGAAGAAGCCACUGUUGGUUCUGAAGAAAACUAAACACUCCGACCCAGACCAUGAGAUCGGUGAGGGUGAUUUUUCGUCUAGAGUGGAAUUAGAAGUUAUCGGUGUCAUUCGGCAUCGGAUAUUGUUCAAGACGAGGCCAAAGGCCAUCAUUUCCAAACCACAACCAGCAAUGAAGGAAAGAGUCGGCAUGCCCGGUUCAGUUGUCUCAAACCAAACAGCAUGAAAUCCUUGUGGUAAUUUGGAAACUUCAGGUGUUAAAAUGGUCCAGUGCUCUGUGAUUAGGAUUGCUUCCUGCGCUUUUGAUAAGAUUGCAUCGUUUUUCCAAAAAACAGUCGUCAAAUGUUCGGCUUAUCUCGUAAAUAAUUGCAAACAAAUUCUGAA